AUGUCCACCGCACGCACGAGCCCGACCCACAAAGCACCUCUUGUUUUCGAGCCAACAGAGAUUCACACGACAACCAUGAUAGUCCUCCACGGUCGUGGAUCUACUGCUGAGAGAUUUGCCGAACCAUUUCUCACGAGUCUCGUUGCACCAAGAACACGGGUCACCCGAAGCCAAGUAUCUGAACUAGCCUCCGAGAGCACAACGAUUUUUCGCGAUUACUUCCCCAACACCAAGUUUCUUUUUCCUACUGCGCCUCUGCGCAGGGCAGCAGCGUUCAACCGUAGCCUCACGCACCAAUGGUUUGACAAAUGGUCGCCACAACACCCAGAGCUUAAGCAAUACCUCCAAGUGCCAGGCCUACGCGAGACAAGCACUUAUCUACAUGGUCUCCUGCAACAGGAGAUCAACGUUGUGGGCGCGCCAAAUGUCGCUCUCGUUGGGAUUAGCCAAGGAUGCGCGUCCAGUCUCGUAGCAACGCUGUUAUGGGAUGGUGAGCCAUUUGGGGCCUUAGCUGGCAUGUGCGGGUAUCUCCCAUUUCGUAAGGGCAUGGCCGAUUUGAUGAUGGACGAGAAAGAAGACGAAGACAAUCCAUUCACGGAUACGAUGGGCGGAAUAGGCGAGGUCUUGAAACGGAAAGGUGAAGAGUUUGAUGACAACACAAAGUUCGGAAAAGCUUUGUCGUGGCUGCGUGAAGAGCUAGAGAUGGAGGGGGGACGCAGAUGUGUGGGACCACCACCAAUGCAAUCGAUUCCUACCUUCAUGGGUCACGGAGCGGAGGAUACUCUGCUUCCUCAUGAGCAGGGCAAGCAGGCUGCUGAAUUUCUGCGGGCAAUCGACGUCAACGUCAAGUGGAAAGAGUAUGAAGGUUUGGGUCACUGGUAUUCCACAGAGAUGUUGCGGGAUAUCGUCGACUUUCUAAAGGAGCGGAAGGGAUGGCAUAAUAUUGCCUCGACCGGCCGCUGUGACGAAAAUGGAGUGAAAAUUAAGCACGAACAUACAGAACGAGAAGAAGACAGAACGGUAUCCGUACAGUUAGAGGAAUAA